UGUUCCUACCAGCAGCUAUAGAAUCUAAUUCAACAUGUCCGGCAUCGCAGCAUCGAGACUUGGUGAGGAACGCAAAGCCUGGCGUAAGGACCAUCCAUACGGAUUCGUGGCCCGCCCAGUGAAGAACAUCGAUGGUUCGCUGAAUCUGAUGACAUGGGAGUGUGCCAUUCCCGGAAAGAAAGGAACAGCCUGGGAAGGAGGACUGUACAGACUGAAGAUGAUUUUCAAAGAUGACUACCCGACUAGCCCCCCAAAGUGCAAGUUCGAACCGCCGUUGUUCCACCCGAACGUGUAUCCUUCCGGCACGGUCUGUCUGUCGCUGUUGGACGAGGAAAAAGAUUGGCGUCCAGCGAUCACCAUAAAACAGAUCCUGCUGGGCAUUCAGGAUCUGCUAAACGAGCCGAACAUUAAGGACCCUGCACAGGCAGAAGCGUACACGAUCUAUUGCCAAAACCGACUGGAGUAUGAGAAGCGUGUGCGUGCUCAGGCUAGAGCCAUGUCGGCCACGGAUUGAAACGAAGGGAAAUAAAUUUAUUGGAUUAUAAACCAACGUAACGCUUUUGCUUUUAUUUGAGUUGGUGUUGUAGCUGUAUGCUUGGAAGAAAUGAUGUGAUCAUACAAAGGAAUGCUGCAAAUCCAUGGAAUAUUGCAGAUUAACAAACAUUGAAUGAAUAUCUUCGUCCAUUUUACAUAAACGAGCAUCAGCGACUGCAUACACUAGCAACCACAUACGAAUGAGAUGCAUCCAAUCGCGUUCAUCGAAAUACGGCAUUUUUUGUGAUGCUUGCCUGUGUUUGACUUCCACAGAACAACAACAAGAAAACGUCACUUUUCUUUUGUGACAUGUUUUGCUGCAUGGGCAAGCUUUUCCACACGAAAGUGUGCAUGAAAUAUUUCAAUGAAACCUGUCAACCACCUUGCAAGCGUCAUAACACAGUUUAGCGCUUGUAAAACUGGACGCAAAUCGUUCUUGCUGUGAGCAUACUGCGAUUCGAAAAGUUUUGUUCCUAGCAACAGUGAACCACCACCUGAUUCAACAUGUCCGGCAUCGCAGCAUCGAGACUUGGGGAGGAACGCAAAGCCUGGCGUAAGGACCAUCCAUACGGAUUCGUGGCCCGCCCAGUGAAGAACAUCGAUGGUUCGCUGAAUCUGAUGACAUGGGAGUGUGCCAUUCCCGGAAAGAAAGGAACACCUUGGGAAGGAGGACUGUACAAGCUGAAGAUGAUUUUCAAAGAUGACUACCCGACUAGCCCGCCAAAGUGCAAGUUCGAACCGCCGUUGUUCCACCCGAACGUGUAUCCUUCCGGCACGGUCUGUUUGUCGCUGUUGGACGAGGAAAAAGAUUGGCGUCCAGCGAUCACCAUAAAACAGAUCCUGCUGGGCAUUCAGGAUCUGCUAAACGAGCCGAACAUUAAGGACCCGGCCCAGGCAGAAGCAUACACGAUCUAUUGCCAAAACAGACUGGAGUAUGAGAAGCGUGUGCGUGCUCAGGCCAGAGCCAUGUCGGCCACUGAUUAAAUCGGAAGCGAGAACAACAAGUGUAUUUAUGAUCACAAACUUAUCCAUAAUAUUCAUACAUUAAUUUUAUGUGGUGCGGCCGGUGAUUGCAAAGCUCAUGCCAGCGUAGAUGAGCAAAGAUCUUACUAUGAACAAAAAAAUCAUCAUUUUAGUGAAUAUUUACGUGACGAACACUGUAACCCUAUCUCUCUGUACAAAAUUCGAAACUGUUUAUGCCGGUUGAUUCGCUUUCCGGCAUCGCCGUCGAAAGAAUCCGCUGCAAACGCCAGCACACUAGACUGCGAACGCUGCACUGCAAUGUCGAUUUGCGACAAAAUAAGUAUUGAUUCCUGCUACCAAGAUUCUACUUUGUAUGAUAUCGCUUUAAUAAAAAUAUUGUUCAGACGUA